CAAGGGGGUGGGUGCAGGGCGAGGAGUGGCUGGAGAGCUACAGACAGGGUUUCGGCAACUCUGUUUGGCCCCUGUGGGCGGCGUUCCUCCAACGCGCAGUCACGCCCUCACCUGACCAGAUCGGGGAAUUUCCAGUUCCUCACCCCAGCCUUAGAAGGAAAAUGAAAGUGAAAGGGGAAGAAAAGACUUGGUAGGAGAGAUCGUAGCACCAUGAAGCCUCUGCUCCUGCUCGUCGCUGUGGCACUGGGCCUAGCGACCGUCGUCUCCGUCGUCUCGGCUGGACCAGAGGCGAUCGAGUGCUGGUUCGUGGAGGAUGCAGGUGGGGGUGGCCUGUCUAAGAAACCUGCCACACUGCUACUGCGCCAUGGACCCAGGGGACCGCCGCCCCGGCCAGAUCUUGACCCAAAGCUAUACUUCAAGGUGGAUGACCCGGCGGGAAUGCUCCUGGCCGCCUUCAGGCGGUACCCCGCAGGCGCCUCCGCCCCACACUGCGAGAUGAGCCGCUUCAUCCCGUUCCCUGCCUCGGCGAAGUGGGCUAGAAGUCUGAGUCCGGAGCAGAACUGCCCGCGGGCCCUGGACGGGGAUUGGCUGCUGGUCAGCGUAUCCAGCACUCUCUUCAGCCUCUCCAGCCUGCUGCGACCACAGCCGGAGCCUCUGCGGGAGCCUGUCGUCAUCACCAUGGCAACAGUGGUGCUGACCGUCCUCACCCAUAACCCUGCCCCUCGAGUCCAGCUGGGAAAGGAUGCAGUGCUGGACCUGCGCUUCGCCUACGCACCCUCCGCCCUGGAAGGUUCUCCCUCUCUGGACGCAGGCCCUCCUCCCUUUGGGCUGGAGUGGCGACGCCAGCACAGGGGAAAGGGUCACCUGCUGUUGGCUGCCACCCCCGGGCUGGCCGGGAGAAUGCCACCAGCCCAGGAAAAGGCUACGGCAUUUGCAGCUUGGGAUGACGAUGAGCCCUGGGGCCCGUGGACUGGGAAUGGGACCUUCUGGCUUCCAGCCGUGAAGCCUUCUCAGGAGGGUGUCUACCUGGCUACGGUACACCUGCCCUACCUGCAAGGACAGGUCUCCCUGGAGCUGACUGUGCACAAGGCCCCCAGAGUGUCUCUAACACCAGCACCCGUUGUGUGGGCUGCCCCAGGAGAGGCACCCCCAGAACUGCUCUGUCUUGCAUCCCACUUCUUCCCUGCGGAGGGUCUGGAGGUCAAGUGGGAGCUCAGAGGCGGCCCAGGAGGAAGUUCUAGAAAGGUUGAGGGGAAGACGUGGCUCUCCACCAUCCGCCACCAUUCCGAUGGCUCUGUCAGCCAGUCUGGGCACCUGCAGCUACCUCCAGUCACUGCCAAGCAGCAUGGAGUUCACUAUGUCUGUCGGGUGUACCACUCUAGCCUGCCAGCAUCGGGGCGCAGUGCUGACGUCACCCUGGAGGUGGCAGGCUUCUCAGGGCCCUCCAUCGAGGACGGCAUCGGCCUGUUCCUGUCUGCUUUUCUCCUCCUCGGACUCCUCAAGGUGCUAGGCUGGCUGGUAGCUGCCUACUGGACCAUUCCUGAAGUCUCAAAGGAGAAGGCCACAGCUGCCAGCCUGACCAUUCCCAGGAACUCAAAGAAGUCACAGUAAAGAAGUUCUCGUCUGUGGAAGCCACCCUCAUCUCUGGCCCAGAUGACUCCAGUAGCCCCUGCCCCAGAACAACAGCCUUCUUCUCUUCUUCUCCCUCCAUUGAAUAGCUCGGAUUUUUUUUUUUAAGGUUUUUUUGUUUGUUUCAAUCUUUCUUGUUUUGUUCUUGUUUUUAGACAAGGUCUCUCUAUGUAGCCUUGGCUGGCUGUCCUGAACCCUCACCAAGCCAACCAGGCUGGCCUCGAAGUCCCAGAGAUCCACCUGUCCCUCUGCCUCGGAGUGACAAACGGCACUGGACACCAUGCCUAGAGGUCUUUUUUUUUUUUGGUUUUUGGAGACAGGAUUUCUCUGUAUAGUCCCGGCUGUCCUGGAACUCACUCUGUAGACCAGGCUGGCCUCGAACUCAGAAAUCCGCCUGCCUCUGCCUCCCAGGUGCUGGGAUUAAAGGCGUGCGCCACCACCGCUGGACUCGAACUAAACUUUUAAGAUGAGAAAAAAGCGAGACUUAGCGCCACACUCAUUUGAUGCCCACAGUCGGGAGGCAGAGGCAGUGGAUCUCUGACAUUUCCAUGCCAGCCUGAUCUACAAAUAGGGAGUUUCAGGUCAGUCGGGGUUACUUGGCGGGGCUUUGUUGAGAGAACUAAAUAUAAGAACACACAUGCGUAGAGUCCCAGGGUUGAGAAGAACCAGUGUAUGCGCCAGAGAGGCGGGUUCAUAACCUGUGGCUCACAACCCCCUUUAAGUCCAUCGGAAAUACCAGACAUUAGGAUUCACAACAGUAGUAAAGGCAGUUACGAAGUAGCAAAGAAAAUAAUUUUACAACUUGAACUGCGUUAAUGUUAAGAAGGUUGAGAACCACUGGCCAGGGGAUUAGGACGAAAGGUCUUCAUAGCAUCUUAAGAUUCUAGAGACCUCAGGGACAGCCCACAGCAGUAGUCUAGAGACGGAAAGGUCCAUGUGUCUCCCUCGCGGACUAAAGCCUACCUCUCCAGCUCUCCAUUCCUACCACAGCUUUUCUUUUGCCUGGUCCACCUUUACCAUCUCCGGGCCUGGUGGGUCUCGGCCCUUUACGAAUGUCCCCGUGUGGUUCGUCCUCUCCUGUUCGCCGGUCCUCGUGAGCUAAUAAAGUCUUUCCGAGUUUC